GCUGAGCUGUGUGCUGGGGAGAGCUGUUCCUGGAGGAGCCCUCUGGGUGGCACUGCUCCCCCGGCCCGAGGAGGGACAGGAGCUCUGCUGCGUGUGGGGAGCAGGGGCAGAUGGUAACGGGGCUCACAAAUAACUGCUCCCCAUCCAAGGGCUGAGGUUCAUCCCUUCCCCUUUCUUCCCAGAAGUUCUGCUGUGGUGAAACGUGCUGGCCACGAAUCUUGUUUGCCAACUUCACCAUAUUAAAAGCUUUAUUUAUUUUACAGAAUGAACUCAGGACGCACAUUCUUCUCUCUGAGUUUGAUGCAAAUGUGCAAAGACUGCCAGUGUCCCUGCAGUGUUUGUUUGCUAAAGAAGUGCUGCUUGUAAAGCUUCCUAAACUGGAGCAAGCUGCAUGGUCACAGUUCUAAUGUCUGAGCACAGAAGAGUGGGCUGGAUUGAUGUUGAACAUCUGUGGGAAUUGUCUGGCUUUAUGGCUUUCUUUCCGUCCCGCUUUUCCUCUCUCGGGCGUUUUGCACUUAUUUCCUGAGUUGAAACUGAACACUCACCACGCUUAAUGAAGCAGUUAAGGUAAGCGCGUGGGGUGGCUGUGUGCAGGGCAGGGUUUGUCCUGGCUUCCGUGCCCUGGAGGUCUGACUCUGCACAGUGGUUCUUUAGGAGCAGACAGGCUCACAGAAGUGUGUGGUCUUCUGGUUUUCCGAUCUGUCUGCUAAAAGCAUUCAGGGCUCCCCCAGCUUUGAUGCUGUGAGCUUCCAGCUGCAAGAUGGGGCUCUGCUCCAGCGCAGGUGGCUGUGGGACGGGACUGGGGUGCUGCUCCAGCAGCUGCAGCACGGUGCUGUGCGGUGACAAUGCGCUAAAGAGAGAGGAGGGCAGUGUAGCUGCUGCUCCCCUGCUCUGCAGCUGCUUCUCUCCCCCGUCCCACUUGCAGCAGGCUUUCUGAUCUCUUUGAAAGCUUUGCCGUGUUCCUCACGUGGUUGGGCCUCCCUGAAGUCAGUGCAGCACCCACAGGCACCUUCUGCUCCUCCUGCAUCCUCGGUGCCCACCUUGGGAUCCUCCUGCAGAGGUCACCCUCUGGCAUGGGAGCAGAGCCAGCAAACUGCAGACAAAGGGCUCCCUGGGCUCUUAAUGAAUCCCUCCACCCGAGCACCUCAGCCUCCUGCAACACAAGCUUUAUUUACAUCUAUGAAAAGCACUCUGCUGGCUUGUUGGAACAGCAGUGCUCUCACUCGUGGCUCAAAGAGAGAAUGUCACUGUCAAUAUUUGCCUUGGAGGAACACUGCCAGCAGAUGAAGGCUUGUUUUGUGGCCAGAGGGACUCUUCCUCCUCAUGGUUUCAGUCCCUGCUGCUGGCACAGAACCAUCACCUCCUAGUGCUGAUGUGAGUGUGCAGCUGUGGGUUUUAGAGUCUCUGGCCUCCCUGCCAAGGAGUGCGUGUGAUUCCCGCAGCAGAAGUGCAGGGACGCGAUGGGUGCCGAGCUUUGGAGGGACACGGAGGCCGCCUGCUCACACUGCACAGCUCUUGAUGCACUCGCCAGACCCGCUCUGCGUGUCACCCUGGGGUCCCGCACAUCCCUAGGGGACCGCAGAGCUCCCAGGGGACAGCACUGGACCUGCGGCUGCUGGAGGUGCCCGAGGCUGCUGAGCAACAACAAGAUCACAGCGCUGCAGAACGGCUCCUUCUUCGGGCUGCGGGCACUGGAGAAGCUGGACCUGAAGAACAACCUGAUCAGCACGGUGCAGCCAGGUGCCUUCCUGGGGCUCCCCGAGCUGAAGCGCCUGGACCUCUCCAACAACCGCAUCGGCUGCCUGAGUGCCAGCGUCUUCCAGGGGCUCGCCAACCUCCUCCGACUCAACAUGUCAGGGAACAUUUUCUCCAGCCUCCCACCUGGCGUCUUCGACGAGCUGCCCUCACUGAAAGUCGUGGACUUUGCCACCGAGUACCUGACGUGCGACUGCAACCUGCGCUGGGUGCUGCCCUGGGCCCGCAACCGCUCCGUGCAGAUCUCGGAGCGGACGCUGUGCGUGUACCCGCGGCACCUCCACGCCGUCCCGCUGCGCAGCGCCCAGGAGAGCCAGCUGCGAUGCGCGGGCGCCCCGGAGCUGCACACCCACCACCUCAUCCCGUCACUGCGCCAGGUGGUGUUCCAGGGGGACCGGCUGCCCUUCCAGUGCACCGCCACCUACCUGGACAACAGCACCCAGAUCCAUUGGUACCACAACCGCCAGCGCGUGCAGGAGGAUGAGGGGGAGGGCAUCAUUGUGGAGGAGAGCCUCAUCCACGACUGCACCUUCAUCACCAGCGAGCUCAUCCUCUCCAACAUCCACGUCUCCGCCAACGGCGAGUGGGAGUGCGCCGUCUCCACCUCGCAGGGCAAUGUCAGCAAGAAGGUGGAGAUCGUGGUUCUGGAGACCUCCGCGUCCUACUGCCCCGCGGAGCGCGUCACCAACAACCGCGGGGACUUCAGGUGGCCCCGCACGCUGGCUGGCAUCACCGCCUUCCAGUCGUGCCUGCAGUAUCCCUUCGCCUCGGGGCCGGCGAGCGGGGGCCCGGCAGCGGAGAAGCAAGCAUCCAGGCGUUGUGACCGUGCGGGGCGCUGGGAGGAGGGCGACUACUCCCACUGCCUCUACACCAACGACAUCACCCGGGUGCUCUACACCUUUGUGCUGAUGCCCAUCAAUGCCUCCAAUGCACUGACGCUGGCUCACCAGCUGCGCGUCUACACGGCUGAGGCCGCCAACUUCUCAGACAUGGUUGAUGUCCUUUACGUGGCUCAGAUGAUCGAGAAGUUUAUUGGCUACGUGGACCAGAUCAAGCAGCUCACCGAUGUGAUCGUGGAGAUGGCAAGCAACAUCAUGCUCGUGGACGACCACAUCCUCUGGAUGUCGCAGAAGGAGGAGAAGGCGUGCACCAGCAUCGUCCGCUCACUGGAGAAGAUCGCUGCUCACACCCUCAGCAGCAACUCCCAGCACAUGGCAGUGAACUCACGCAACAUCGCCUUCGAGGCAUACGUGGUAAAGCCCGAGAGCUACGUGGGGCUGAGCUGCGUGGCGUUCCAGCGCCGGGACGGGAGCUCCCCUGGUCGCACAGCCCCAGCUGAGCAGGCAGCUGAGCCCCAGCCCGACCAGCAGCUGCGGCUGCGCUGCACCACAGGGCGCCCCAACAUCUCCCUGAGCAGCUUCCACAUCAAGAACAGCAUCGCCCUGGCCUCCAUCCAGCUGCCACCCAGCCUCUUUGCCAGCCCCAUCCCACCCGCCCCGCUGGCCGACUGCAAGCUGCAGCUGCUGGUGUUCCGCAAUGGGAAGCUCUUCUGCAGCACGGGCAACUCCUCGCGUCUUGCAGACGAUGGCAAGCGGCGCAGCGUGGCCACGCCGGUCAUCUACGCGGGGACAUAUGGCUGCAGCGUUGGGAACCUGACGGAGCCGGUGGCCGUGUCACUGCGACACCCCGGGGAGGGUGCGGAUCCCGUGGCCGCCUACUGGAACUUUGAGGUGCUGGGGGGCAUGGGGGGCUGGAGCGCAGAGGGCUGCCAGCUGGCCGCCCGUGAGCCCAACGUCACCUCCCUGCACUGCCGGCACCUCAGCAACGUGGCCGUGCUCAUGGAGCUGAGCGGGUUUCCCAAUGAGGCGCGAGGUCCGGUGGAGGUGCUGCACCCAGCCAUGUACGCCUGCACAGCCGUGCUGCUGCUCUGCCUCUUCACCACCAUCAUCACCUACAUCGUCCACCACGGCACCAUUCACAUCACGCGGAAGUGCUGGCACAUGCUCCUUAACCUCUGCUUCCACAUGGCCAUGACAUCGGCGGUGUUUGCAGGAGGCAUCACCCUCACUGGGUACCUGGUCGUCUGCCAAGCGGUCGGCAUCAUUUUGCACUACUCCUCCCUGUCCACGCUGCUGUGGAUGGUGGUGAAAGCCCGUGUCCUCUACAAGGAGGCGACCUGGAAAGCACCUCGGCAGCCAGAUGGGGAUGCGGCACCGCCAGCCCCUCGGCCCAUGCUACGGUUCUAUCUGAUUGCUGGUGGGAUCCCGCUCAUCAUCUGCGGCAUCACAGCGGCUGUCAACAUCCACAACUACCAUGACAACAACCCUUACUGCUGGCUGGUGUGGAGGCCCAGCCUGGGCGCCUUCUACGUGCCGGUGGCCUUCAUCCUGCUGGUCACCUGGCUGUACCUGCUCUGUGCCGGGCUCAGCCUGCAGUGCCACAGUCCCCGUGGGAAGGAGCCACCGGAGCUGCCGGGCACGCCGCCGAGGCUGGGGGCCAACGGGGAGCUGCUGACUGACUCAGGCUCCAUCUCAGUGACGCUGCACUCGGGGACGCAUUGCCCGGAGGUGGAUGGCGUGUACUCGCUGCAGGCGCAGCUCUGGGCGCUGCUGGCCGUGCACGCUAUGUACGUGGCCUUAUGGACGUUUGGAGCCAUGGCCGUGUCCCAGCGCGGAGACCUCAACGUUGUCUUCAGCUGCCUCUACGGGGUGACGGCCGUGGCGCUGGGACUCUUCAUCUUCAUCCACCACUGCGUCCGCCGCCGGGACGUGCUGGGCUCGUGGUUCUCCUGCUGCCCGUCCUACCGCGCCGCGCUGCCCAUGCAGCCCUACAGCCACCCGGGCGCGGCGGCGGCGGAGGACGGCUCGCAGAUGUUCAUCGGCUGCGACCCCGAGGCCGUCCGCAGCGCCACGUCCUCCUCCUCGCCCAGCAGCACCGGCUCAGCCGCCGGCCGCUGCAAGCUGACCAACCUGCGGGCGGCGCAGGGCCAGGCCGAGGGACCGGAGCACGGCGACGGGAGGAGCGCCGGGACGGGGAGACACGCCAACAACCACCGCAGGAACCACAAGAGCAGAACUAAGCAGCACCGCGAGGGGAAGCACCACCGCUUGAAGGUGCUGCGGGGCCCAUCCUCCGAGCAGAGCGAGAGCGGCAGCGUGCACAACAGCCACUCCGAGAGCUACCACAGCAGCAGGAACAGCCCCAUGAACAACUGCGCAGCGCCGCGGGCUGCGGGCCCCCAGGAUGGGGAGACGGCCCCCAGCCAGUCGGAGGGCAGCGACGGCUUCCUGGAGGCGAGGCGGCGGAGCAGGGACAAUGUGCGGCAGGCGGAGAGGGAGGCGAAGCGGCGCUCCUACCCCCUGAACGUGGGCAGCCACAACGGAGGGCUGAAGGGCAGCAAAUACGACGUCAACCUCGCCGGCGCCGACAGCGGGGCCGGGAUGAGGAGCGGGCUCUGGAAGAGCGAAACCACGGUGUGAGGGAUGGGGAAGGAGCAGACGGCCACGGUGCUGCGGCGCAUCCUCCGUGGCCGGAGGUUCCGCCCGGAGGAGACACACAGCCCUGGUGGAGCCGAGGGGCUGCGAGCGUGGCUCAGUGCACUACAUGGGGCCUCGUCCCCGCAGGACGGGCGUCACAGCCUCCCCGGGUUGCAGCACUGAAAGGUGGAGGUGGAAGGCAACCAUUGCUCUUCAGCAGCCCGAAUGGCAGCCGUGCUUUCGCCCCUACUGCACGUCGCUUCGGACUGAUCCUAAAUGCUAUUUUAUAAUAUACAAAGGAAACAAAGGUCUAUUUUUCAAAUGUCUAUAUUGUUGAAUGUAUAUAUGUAUAGACUGAUGCAAGUGCCUCCGCGUUACCCUGCAGUGUUCUCCCAGGAGCCCGCUCGUGCCGCGACUGCAAUAUUCCCCAGGACACGGGCGCUGUCGUGCAGGGCCUUGGUGGCCCCUAAUGAGCUUUUUCUGAAAGAGUCUCAGUUUGAAGCGUUAUGAAAUGCAAACGUUGUUAUCUUUAAGGACAGUAUUUAGCCCUGAGGGUUACUCAGUUGCCAAAGGAAAAGCCAUAUUGCGGAGCAAGCACAAGGUAAGAGAAGGCGCUGCUCCGAGAAACUGUCUGCACUCUGCGGAUGUCAGACACUAAAAGCACCGCAGGAAAACGCUCCCAAACCCUCACAGGUGUGACCUAUGCAAACGGGUGGAGCAGCACCGCUGCUCUGCUCGAGAUGAACACGGGUUGUUCAUCUCCUCCAGGAACCAAAGAGCCCAACUGGGCGCAGACCCCAGAGCAGGUCCUCGUCCUUAACCCACGUGUGCACACAGAACCCAGCAGGCUUUGCUCCCAGCCCCGCAGCGCUGCGCUGAGCCUCCUCCUGUCCCUCCAGCGUGGGCUCCCCCCUCAGCAGGGGCUGCUCCUGGAGAAUGAGAGGAUGAUGCCCACUGCACUGUCAGGGCCUGCCCACACGGUUAUGUUCAAAGGGCUGGAACUUGCCUAAGCACUUAUCUUUUCCCCAUUUAAAAACAAGUUCCCCUUUUUACUAGCAGGCCAGAAGACGUACUCGCUGCGGGUUGUAGGAGGCUCUAGGAGCACCCCCAGGUCUCGAUUUGCUUAAAGGAGAACAAAAGGAGGUGGUAGGCCUGGGCUCUUUUCAGCCUCCCCGUGCCUCAGUUUUCUCACAUGUGCAGAUGGGUUUAAUUAUUUACCUACCUCCCACGGGGCCCUGGGGAGCAGCAGGGGACUGCAGCGCUGGGAAGCAUGCAGGCCAGCCCAGUGCUACACCACAGCCGAGGGACCUGGGAGUCAGCAGGGUAAAUAGCACUUCAUGGCAGAUUGUUCUCACCUUCAGAGUCCAGCUCCUCUCCCUUUGGAACCCCUCGUCCUGCAGGGCUGGAGUUCACUGGGUUUGCUGCAGCUCUGCUGCCCCCGGGCUGCCAGGCUUCUCUGACCAAGGGACUGCUUAACGCCACGUUUAUUGGGCCUGGUAUUUAAUGCAAUUUAAAUCCUCUUGUCAAUACUGCAGCCCACACAGUCUUGCUGAUGCUGAGUUGUUAUAUAUGCUUGCUGCACUGUGACAGUAUUAUAGAAAAAGCUUGGUAUUAUUAAUUACACUUUUUUUUUUGUCUGUUUACAUUACAAGCAAAUGACAGAUCAACAGAGAGCUUCUUGCAAUAUACAUGGGGGAGGGAGGGGAAAACAUGCCAAAGAAAUGUCUUUAUAGGGGUCUUUUUUGCAUUUUUAUAUAAAUAGAAUGUUUCUAGCAGAUAUGUUUUGUUUAAUAUAUUAAAGACUUGCAAAUCUGCCACA